AUCCUCUUGCUCGGUACCUGACUAACCAGUCCGCAAUGUCGGAUGUCAAUCGUGUCAGUCGUCUUCAGCUCACCAAGGAAUGAACAUCUGUGUCCUCCGUUUGCCUGCAUAACCUAAAGUUCUCUUGCCGCAAAAUUUCGUCCGUCCAAGUAUACAUAGUUAUGUAAACAAAAAAAAAUUGAGCAAAUAAAGCACGAUUUGUUUGGUGCUAAUGAGUGAUUUGUGAUAAAUUGAGAAAUUUUCACUCGAAUUCCCGUGGUGGAAAGCAUCGAAAGCUACGCGUCUACCCAAAACAGAUAAGUGUGUGCGUCGAAAUAUUCAUUGGAAUUGAUCUCAUCAAAACGCAGCAAAGUGAUAUAUUGAGGGAGACAUUUGACUGCAAUAUGGAGUGAAUAAUCAUCAAAAGAUAGGCACUCUAGAGGACUACGUUGUGUAUUGACUCAGUUUUCGUCGGAAUAAUCUGAGAUUGAAAAAAUGACGGAAAAGGGGUUUUACCGUUCCGGUCCAUUCGCAGCUUUCAACCAUCUCUUUUCGUCAACAACGCCAGCAGUGAAAAGGCUAUUAGGUUGGAAACAAGGAGAUGAGGAGGAGAAGUGGGCAGAGAAAGCGAUAGAAACCCUGGUCAAUAAAUUGAAGAAGACGAAAGGAGCGUUGGAGGAGUUGGAGAGGGCACUGAGUAAUCCUGGAGUUCCAAGUAAAUGUGUUACCAUACCUAGAAGUUUAGAUGGCAGACUUCAAGUAUCUCAUCGUAAAGGAUUACCUCACCUUAUUUCCUGUCGUGUGUGGCGAUGGCCCGAUCUACUAUCGCCACACGAAUUGAAACCCCUUGAAAUGUGUCAGUUUCCUUUUGGUUCAAAACUAAAAGAGGUCUGUGUCAAUCCCUACCACUACAGGAGAAUUCAGAUUCCAACAUUACCACCAGUUCUAGUGCCGAGGCAAUCAGAAUAUCCACCAGCGUGCGCAACACUCCCUUAUCAUCAAGCUCCAGAGCCGAUAAUGCCGCAGAAUGUGGCUUACUCGUUGAAUGGAUUUAAUUGCGGAGGUACACGAAUCCCUAAUUAUCCCAACUAUAAUACAAUGUUAUCAGGAUCUCCUGAGAGUAUUCCAAUCCCUCAUUAUCCUUAUGGCCCUUUAAAUACUAAUGGUACCCCUCCAUCAACUUAUUCCUCUUCGGAAGAGAGCUGUCACAGUGGGCCCGUUCAUUCUCCUAAUUUUGACACGAUGAAUAUACAGAACGUACAGAAUGGCUAUUUGGAUGCAGUAUCUUAUGAGGACACCCAAGUUUGGGCGAGAAUUGCAUACUAUGAGCUGAAUUCCAGAGUGGGAGCAAUGUUUCAUUGCGAAUCCAAGACCAUUAUCAUUGAUGGUUUCACCCAUCCAGAACAGGCCUCCUCGAGAUUUUGCCUCGGACAACUCUCAAAUAUCAAUCGUAACUCCACGAUUGAAAACGCCAGGAAACACAUUGGAAAAGGAGUCCGUUUGUAUUAUAUUAGGGGAGAAGUUUUUGCUGAGUGUCUAUCGGAUUCCUCCAUUUUUGUUCAAUCCAGUAAUUGUAAUUAUCGUCAUGGAUUCAAUCCCAGCACAGUUUGUAAGAUUGUACCCGGAGCUUCGCUUAAAAUUUUUAAUAACGCAGAGUUCUCGGAUUUACUCUCCAAGAGGGUUUAUGAAGGAUACGAGGCUGUUUAUGCGUUGACAAAGAUGUGCACCAUUAGAAUGUCAUUUGUAAAAGGUUGGGGAGCGGAUUACCACCGCGUGGAUGUGACUUCAACCCCCUGCUGGAUAGAAAUCCAUUUAAAUGGGCCUCUGCAGUGGCUGGACAAAGUUCUGACACAAAUGGGACCUCCCCCAAAUCGUAUAAGCUCGGUGUCCUAAUUGUAGGACCAUUCCCUAAUUAGGGGGUUGCCCCCCCCCCCAUUUAUGCCCUCGACCAAUGAGACACCCUAUCGACCCUUCCUCGUGGCCUCAUGCGCAAUGAAUUUGUUUCAAAGAUGACUGAGUUUCAAUUGACUAUUGUUAAACAUUUAGGCAAUCAUUGUCCAUAAAUUUAGACGAUUAGCUAUCCAUGUUAUAUGAGGAUUAUAUUGAUGAAGAGUUGGAAAAACCGAACGUCUUGCAAGUUCUUUAUUUAUUGUUGAUGAUUUAUGUAAAUACUCGACUCUGUAUGUUGUAAAUACUGUGAAAUACAUAAUUUUACAUUUGAAA